AUGAUCCAAAAGAAGAAUCCAUCUUUCUUUGGGAUUGGCUUCCUCCUGCUGGCCUGUCUACCCCAGGGAAGCAGCAUCUUUGCUCACCCACUUGAAGAAAUCUUCCAGGGCCACGACGUUUUACAGGCCGGGCAAGAUAAUCCUCAUGGACUACUCACCAAUCACUUAUCAACAGAACCGAGGGAUUCGCAGCAAGUUCCCUCCUCGAUUGAGCCUCAAAGAUCGGAACAAGACCCCUCCAUCCAGAAGCAGCUCAUCGUCGACAAUGAAUGGCUUAAUCAAUCGGGCUUUCGUCACUCUCAUCCUGGCCUCCCUGCAGGAAACCUGCCUGAUAUAAUCGAAGCCCCAGUCUCAGAUCAAGAACCGAACGGUUUGCACAAUCAGCACUCGGCUGGCAUGAUCAGCUCUGCAAUCUCAUCUCCCUCAAACCAUCAGAUUCGUGUAGAAGAUUAUCUCGAACAGGGGUUGGUCGAAUUUGCGGCAAAUGAGUAUCCAUCCCAACGCCAACACUUUCUCUUCCAGUCCCCAAGCAUCCCGCCAAACUCACCGACCCUAACGACACUAGCCUCAGAGUCAAAUCCUUCUUGGGAGAAUCAACACUUUGGUUCAGCCAGCAGCUUCUUAGGUGGACAUGCUUCGAUGGACAGGAGUCCGAAGAUGCACGAGGAGCCUAACCAGUACGAUCGUGUUCCCCGGAAAAGGCAAUCUUUUGAUCACGAGCGGCUGACUCCUCAAGACCCGAAAAAGUCCAAAAAAACAUCAAUGAAAAAGGAUGGCUCGAUUACACAAGAGCCAUCCUUUUCCAUUAUAAAUUCUGCGGAUAAUUAUUUGACACCAUCAUCGACCUUACAAAGACUCGAGAGGAAGCCAGCAAUCAAGUAUGAGAAGAUCAUAGGUGCAAACAGACAGUCUUGGAAACUGGUGGAUUUGACACAGACCAAAGCCAUAUUGGACGUGCCCGAGCAUAGCACGAUUAUGAAUGGCAAACCGGAAUGGGAAAGAGUGACUCGAUUAGACAUCUUUGGAUUAGACUUGAAGCCGUAUGGAUAUGUUCAUACGCUGAAGUUUCCCGGAGAACGGCGCUGGAAAAAGAACGACUUUCUGGAGACUGAUGUGCUCCACAAGAGCGGAUUUUGGAGAUCUCUGGCGACCACCAACAGGGAUCUUCCUGUCCUGGUCCAAGAGGCCAUCAAUCCCUCUGUUUCUCCGCUUCACAAGACGCUCGAAAAGUCGCGCAACUUGCUCGAAGAAAUCUUCUUCCGCGACGGCCAAUUCCUGCUCGCUCUGACCUCGAAAAGUCAAAGUAAGAAUGAUCUGCAGACGCAAAAGCAGCAGAAGGAGGAGGGAACUGUGGAUAUCAAGGAUGAGUUGAAGAGGAGUCAGCUCAGAUCUCACCAGCAACAUCAACUUCUUGAAUGGUUGAUCAAGCUGUUUGGGAUCGGAAUGGGGUCUCCAACCUUGCUUUUCGAACUGUUCGAACUAGACCAACCGUAUGACUCGGACCACCAACUGAUCAGAUUCCAAGAGAUGCUAUACGAAUAUCUGAGGAUCGAAGAGCCCAAGAGCGAAUACAUGAUAUGCAAUCUGAAUCCGAUCUCUCCUCAUGAGCAGCGGAAAGUGAGCCAUGCGGGCGCCCUGAAGACCCAAGUCGCACUGAACGCACUCGGGAUAUACUACAAGUAUUCGAACCGAGCUCAGUGGGAGAUGAUGUUUGAAUCGGAUGCGGAUUUCGUCAACUUCUUUGGGUUCCUGAAGAUCUACGAGAUCAACCGGAUGGCCCAUCGGGUGUUUGGCUACUUCAGCCAAUGGGCGGCGCUCUCCUUCUUCCCCUGGGAACUCAGAAAGCUCGACUUUGGGAGGAUGGUCGUUGGUGGUGGUGAUCGGGACUCUAGAGCGAUCGACAAUGGUCUCCAAAGGUUCCGCAGAGUCGCCCAGAACCCUCGCUGGAAAAACCUCGAGAAACACUUCGUCGAGCUCCGCCUGGUCCACCAUGAUCAACUGCUCAUACAGGCAAUCACUCCAGCUACCAAUCUGAUGUUCUGCUCUCAGCCGUAGUUGCUCUCUUCCCUGCUUCAUCAAAUUUUGCUUGGCCUCGAUUGACUUUAGAUUACAGCUUUGACCUUCGUAAUUGGGAUCCAUCAAUCACGAUCGAUCCAGCUAUUAUAACCAGGAGAAUUCUUCCCCCACAAGAUUGUUUUUUUUUUUGUGGUCUAUCUCAAUCACCCUCAUUUCAAACUUAUUUGAAUUCAAAAACAUUUAUACGAGCAUAAUGUCUUUCUUUUUUUUUUUGUAUUUUCCUUGGUGUAUCUAUUCUCAACCUAGAUAUUUGACCAUUCCAGAAGGCUGCUGCAAGAUUUGCACUAGAAAGGAUUGCAAGUAAGAUGGAACACUCAAAU